CGCCUAGUAGAAAAAUCUCAUCAGAGAGAAAAAGAGAGAGCACCGGCGACGAAACUGAGUUUCUCUUGUGGGAUUCUCUCUCAUCAGGUUGUAACUUCUUAAGUGAUAAUGGGGAGGAGCUGUAGUUACAGUCCUUCACCACCAAGGAGUUAUGGUAGAAGGUACAGAAGCCCAAGUCCUGUGGGAUACUACAGAGGUAGGAGUAGAGAUCCCCCAACCAGUCUACUGGUUCGCAAUCUCAGACACGACUGUAGGCAAGAUGAUCUCCGCAGACCGUUUGGGCGGUUUGGUUGUCUCAAGGAUAUCUAUAUACCUCGUAAUUAUUACACUGGGGAGCCUCGUGGGUUUGGGUUUGUGCAGUACUAUGAUCCUGCUGAUGCUGCAGAUGCAAAGUAUCAUUUAGAUGGCUAUGUUCUCCUUGGACGUGAAAUUACUGUAGUAUUUGCGGAGGAGAACAGAAAGAAGCCCUCAGAAAUGAGAGAACGUUCAAGCUUUCUCUCUGUUUUGGGUUUGUUGAAAAAAAUAAAGAAGUUGAAUAUCAAUUUCAGGGGCAGAACAUCUACAAGAUCUCCACAUGGUUAUUCCCGGUCUCCUGGUUAUUCGCGUUCACCGAACUACAGAAGAAGCUAUACCCGUUCACCAUAUGACGAAAGACGCCAUUCAAGAUCGGUUUCCCCAGGGGAUAAGGAGGGAUCAUACUCGAGGUCAAGCUCAAGGUCUCGAUAUGAUACAAGAAGCAGAAGCCCGAGUCCAAGCUACUGAAGGUGAGUUGCUAUGAGCUAAGGAGGUGAUGAAGAAGAUGGCGUCUGGUGUUGGUGUUACACUGUCACUGUGGGAGUUAGUAAUAUAUGAGUGAUCUAGUACUCUUUGAGACCGAUGUGGAAGAACUCUUUGAGACCGAUGUGGAGAAACCAUUGUGUUGUUUGGUUUCAUUUCCUUAGCACGCUAUGGUAGCUUUUGUAUUUUAACGUUUGACAUCUAUGCUAGUGAAUAGUGAUUAUAUCCUGCUUUUCCCAGAAUGAAAUAGUGCUUUACUGA